AUGACCGAGCGCCGCUCCAGCUACGACUACGAAGCUCUACUCGCCUGCGGCCGCGGCGAGCGCUUUGGCCCCGGCAAUGCCCAGCUGCCACUCCCGCCGAUGCUGAUGUUCGACCGGAUAACGGAGUUGUCCGAGACGGGCGGCGAAUACGACAAGGGGUAUGCGCGCGCGGAAUUCGACAUCAAGCCGGAUCUUUGGUUUUUCCCGUGUCACUGUCAGGGCAACCCGGUCAUGCCGGGCUGUCUCGGUCUGGAUGCGCUCUGGCAGCUGACCGGCUUUUUCCUUGGCUGGCUCGGCCUUCCGGGCAAGGGCAUGGCGCUUUCAACCGGCGAGAUCAAAUUCAAGGGCAUGGUCACACCGGACGUCAAACUCGUGGAAUACGGCGUUGACUUCACACGGAUCAUGAAGGGGCGCCUGGUUCUGGGUAUUGCUGACGGCUGGCUGAAGGCUGACGGCGAACAGAUCUACAAGGCAACGGAUUUGCGUGUCGGCCUGGCGAAGAGCUGA